UCAGAGCUCUUGUUAUCACAGAGGAGCCGUGAAAACAUUAUUGUGUUCAUCUGCGUCGAACGAAUUUUAGCGUUACCGAUCAAUUUACGCCAAUAAACGAACAAUGAUCGGUCAUCCGGUGACUAGCAGAUGAGCCAAAUCUGAUCAUCGCUGAAAGAAAGAGGCGAAAUUUCGGAUAUUUUCUCAGUAUGGCUAGUUGCGGCGAGGUUAAUCUUUCCAUGGACUCCCUGACUUCGGGGAAGAAGGUGAGUGGGGAGUCUGUGACUGAGGGAAGUCCGUCACCGUCGUCUCCUUCCCUGCCCGUCCCAGAGUGCGCAAUCUGCCUUCAGAGCUGCGUCCACCCCGUGCGCCUGCCCUGCCGCCAUGUCUUCUGCUUCCUCUGCGUGAAAGGCGCUUCGUGGCACAGCAAACGCUGCGCACUUUGCAGACAAGAAGUGCCUGAGGAUUUCCUUGAGCGUCCCACUUUGCUCUCGCCCGAUGAGCUGAAGGCUUCGGCGACGGGUGGACGCGGCGCGGGGACCGGUGGGCACGCUUGGUACUACGAGGGGCGUAACGGAUGGUGGCAGUACGACGAGAGGACUAGCCGAGAGCUAGAGGAUGCUUUCAACAAGGGCAAAAAGAGCGCCGAGAUGCUAAUCGCCGGAUUCCUCUACGUGGCCGAUCUGGAGAACAUGGUGCAGUACAGGAGGAACGAACACGGGCGUAGGCGGAGGAUGAAGAGGGAUGUGAUGGACAUCCCUAAAAAAGGCGUAGCCGGGCUGAGACUCGAUCCGGAUCCUAAUGUAACAGCGGGAACGGUUCCCAUUGCAGCGCCCGCCGUCGCGGAUUUAAACGUGAGUGUGGAUGGAGCCACAGUGGAGCGAGAGAGCUCUGCGGAUGGAGCGGACACUGGGAUCACUGGGAUCAACGGAGGACGUCCUCAGGGAGUCUUUGCUCCGGCUCCCGUAAGGCCGCCGACUGUCUUAGGAGGUCACCUGACCAGCCCUGCUUCCUCAAGCGACAUUCAGCUCGUACACGCUCUCGGCCAACUCAAUAUGAACCCCGCCGAGCCGGAAGAGGAAGACGCAGAGAACGAAGAGGAUUCGGCCGCUCCGGACGCCUCGGGGUACGAGUCCGAGUCUGGCACGAGUGAGGAUAAUGAUGAGGAGGGUGCGGAGGAAAGUGAAGAGGAGAACACGGAGGGCUCUCAGGGUAGUAGGCAAAGACUGCAGCAGUUGGACAGACCGCCCCCUGGUGGCGGGCCUGCGAGUAGCGGCGAUCGGUCUGGGUGUCCCGACGGUCAGUGCACUGUUACGAAGGUCUGACCUCAGCACAACUACAGAACUCCUACCCAACCACCACAACCGCUGGGUAUUUCGAACCAAUCUCUGAAACGCAAAAAAAGUGAACGAAUUAUUCAAAUCGCAGAGACUCGGUCUUGGAUGAGGGUGGAGGCUGAGGGGGCGCGGAUGGUUUUGGUGUAAGAAUAGUGCUUGUCUUUCUCUAUCAGUCUUUUAGAGGACUGUACCAGGGCUGUACUCUUUAAUGGAAAUUACAGGCAAAACUACAAUAAUACUUGCUUUUUACCAUGCCUAGAAUUCUUAUGAAUCGGUCCAGCCAUUUCUUUUUCUUUGUCAUUCAUUUAAAAAAGAAAAGAAAACGCCUAUUCACAAUAAAACUGUGAUGGUAAAACCACUUUUCACCCUAAAAUGAAAAGAAAAAAAGUGCAGAAUUAUGUUUUGCACAAGGCUAUUUUAAGCGCUUUUAUGAUCAUUAAGAUUUUUGCGUUUUCAGGAGGGUUUUUGUAAGUACAUUUGAACCUUAAUUCUCAAUACAUUAUGCAUUACAGUAAUGGGAAUUUCAGAAGAAAUGUGCUUAAUUUCACAGUGCAAAAAUAUGUUAGUGAUCCUAAACACAGCAUUCAUUUCAUCUUUAUGUGUGAACAGUGAAAUAACUAAUCAUUUAUUUAUUUUUUUCUUUUGAUUUUGGGGUGAAAAAUAUGACCUGAACAUGUUCUUGACAAGUUUUGUGAGAUUCACCCAAUUUUCUAAUCACGAGAUUUCAUUACAUCUAGCAUGGAUCAACACCGUUAUCCAGUGGUUAUAGAGUCGUACAGUAAUAAAUGAAUGUUCUGUGGUGUAAUGGAAGUUUUUUU